UUAGAAGAUUCAUUGUAGACGUCUCUUACAUUCUUUUGAGUAACAUCAGGUUUCUGAGUCAGUAGACUCACCUUGCUGUGUGAAACUUGUAGUUUUUCGUGUAGUUGUUAAUAGUUUAAAUUAUAGUGUUAGUGGAUACAUCAUACUAAAGAAAAUUUAACAAAUAUGAGGUUGUGGACGUCGCAUCACACUUUCGAUCAUCCCUGGGAGACAGUGGUGAAAGCAGCAUGCAGAAAGUACCCGAACCCUUUAAAUCCAUCCGUUCUAGGAACGGAUGUCAUUGAUAGAAAAGUCGAACAAGGCGUCCUAUAUUCUCACAGAUUGGUUACUACUGAAUGGCGAUUUCCUACGUGGAUAUUACCGUUCUUCGGGCAUCGUGGUCCAUACUACGCUAGCGAAUGGAGCGAAGUUAAUCCGGAAUCAAAGGAAAUGGUAGUCAGAACAGUGAAUAUAAGCUUGGGAAAGCACGUUUCCGUUGGUGAGGUAGUCACGUACUCGGAACAUCCGGAAAACCCGGAGACAACGCUAUUAACACAACAAGCAGUAAUUUCUAUCACAGGGGUGCCCCUUAUUGAUCAUCUCGAGAGGUUACUGACACACACCAUCGAACAGAAUGCAAACAAGGUGGUCCGUCGAUACUCGUAUCGUUCGAAAUCGUGCGCCACGAAAUACCCUGAUGUCUCUCCUCCCCCUUCGGCCGCUAUCAUCCCCCGAUUCUCUCUCUGGAGGAUAUUCGCGCGAGUCAGCGAGUGUUUCCACGCGUCGAGGACGAAACACGCUCGUACGAUACGGGCCAAGUAUCGAUUCGGCGAUGGAGGACCAGUCUCGACAUUCCGCUCGAGUAAUUUCCAGCGCAGCGGAAUUCCGAACGGGUCAUUAUUGUUCUCGCCGGUCUAGAGACAAUUUCCAUCGGUUUACUCAAAUCUGGCCGGCCAGCUAUCUCUCUUUAGGUAAGUAGAAAGAGGGACAAUGGAGAGCGCGAAUCGUAGAGGGUUGGUCGGCAGGCACGUGAGGCCUGGAAUACGAAGCGGCGCAGAGGGCAGGAAACGGACGAAAUUUGACAUCAAGGCUCAACCAGCGGUAUGUAAGAGAUAAUUGAUGACGUUACGGUUCAUCGCUCGCUACUCGGUUACCGGACAUAGACAAAUAUUGACAGCUUCCGAUCACAGGACCUGCCCCGCUAUCCUUUGUACCUAACUCACGCACACGUACCUUCGAUGUCUGCUCGGUUUUCCCGUUGAAUCGCCCCCGCUUAGUCCCUCGUACGUUAGUAAAUCAACCGGCUCCCCGACGGGGUGGACGUGCAUGUCGAGCAAGUUUCGCAAAUUAAAGUGGCCUCGUUUGUCCCUAUUAAAGCUUGACUGUGGCUAUCGGUUGCACAUGACGUUACGCUAUGCUUUGACGACAAAGCGACAGUUUUCCCUUUGACUUACUUUUAUUACAGCCAUUUACUGUAUAUAUGUGUGCGAGGGUGCCUUCUAGCUCCUUCGACUGGAACGCGAAAUUACGAAGUUGAAACUUAAGCCGGAGAAUUCGAAGGGCUUUGCUUCGAGAAUCGAGGGGCCAAGUGCAGAUGGUCAGGCUUGCCUCGAGCAUAGUUUCGAGAACACCGAUAUGUCCCUACUGCAUUGUUCAUCUUUAAUUGCCCGUACGGCUCUCACUUUGGUAUUUUGCGAACGAACGAGUCUUCAAAGGGAACUUUCCCUGUAAAUCGGUUGCUAACAAGUUUCGCUAAAUUCGAUUAGGUAGCUCCUCCUUAUCCUGCGGUAAGAGGGACAAAGCGUCCUGUUCUUCUAGUCCUACUAAUUGCUUCGUCUACUCAUUAGGAACACGUUAAAACUUGCAUUAUCAAUUUCCUUCAAGUAUGCCGUUUAAAGGCGAUGCAUUAAUUGAAAAGUUUCGCAGUGAUUACAUUGAAGAUCGUUCGGGUAAAUCUUUGAGAUGGACGUUUAUUUGUUUGAAAAUGCUCGAGUUAGCUGGUUCGGAAGCUUACUCGGUGUCUUGAAAGGGAUAGGAUUUUCAAGGCCGCACCCCGCCCGUCUCCAUUUUCCAUCCCUUUAGCCCCGGUUCCGGGAGAAAAGGAGAGCUUCAAAGGCUUGAGCGAGCGUCGAAAAGGCUCAUGGUUUACACAUCGCUACGGUGCUCUCUCGUCAAGCCUCGUAAAAGCUCUCGGGACGAUCGACUGUAAAAGUCGACGACACGGUCAAGUAGAUCCUUCUUGAUUUCUCGCUUCUCGAUUCACGAGCUCGUGAAAAACCGCACUUCAUACAUUCCUGGUCACUGCCUUAUAUUAUCCUUUCUUUUUGCUUCCCACCUACUUCUUCCUUCAAAUUCAACAGAGGAUCGCAAUCUACCCUCUUGUAUAGUCAAUCGUUUCCUUCGAAGCAACACAGUUUGCUAUUCUUCUUUUUCUUUCGUCUGGAAAGAGAAUAAAAGAUGUUGACUGCGAAUCAAGUUCCUUUGAUAUCUCUCCGAGUUGUCGCAGUCUCAGUGCCGGGGUAAAAUUGCAGCAAAUUCUUCGAUUCAUUCUUUGAAAUUUCAUUUUUUUUAUAUAUUUUAAAGAAAAUUGAUGAUAUGGAAUUAGAUAAUGUCAAUUGGGUAUAAUAGAAUCGACGAGAAACAAGGAACGUGUAGGUGUUAUAUAACGCAGCUACAGUAAUAACAGGCAAUGUUGAGCUGUUCUGGGCGACGUGGCGCAUACGCUUCGCCUAUUAGCAUACAAUUAUCUUUAUGCUUCUUUUAUGAUUCAUAUUUAGUGCCAGUUACGCCCGGUUUUCGCUUCGUCGGCCAGCGCGGCAGCGCAGCUUCAAGUUUGCAACUUUUACGAUCACGCUUGUUUCGAAACUUAACGUUCACCGUUUCACCUCUUAUCAUCGCUUCUCCGCGCAGCCAUCGUGUUCUUGCUAAACGUGCUUUUGCAAAUACCCCCGACGUACCCCCCCAGAGGGAAGCCCGAAAAUUUGUUGUCGUACGUGCUGAAAAUCAGCAACCGCUAUCGAUUUCUCUUCCACUCUCGUAUACUUUGUUUCGACGAUAAAAGGACUUUUCGAACGGAUAUUUCGAAAGAAAUAAUAAAAUCAUAAAUAAACCUAUUAUCUGUUUCCACGGAAAGGUUUCUGUGCUCCACGAGAGAACGUUUAAGUGUGAUUUUUGUUUGGUGCAAAAAACCGAAAUAAUAAAGACCGAUAACGAGGAGACAUCUCUAGUUGCGUGUCCUCCCAUCGUUGCGCCAUUCGGUACGGUCCAUGGGUACGAUCAUGGUUCCAAUGACCCACCAUUGCUACCUGGCUACGACUGACCAUUAAUUUAAUUAAUGCAAAUCCAUUUGCAGCUGCACGCGAACCAACCAUUCCCAGCCUUUAUUUCGCGCCAUUUCGACUUUAUUUUUGACGGAACGCGAAUUCGCUACGGCCGUACGGAAUACCAGUACCUCGUCAAUUUUUGUUUAGUUCGACCAUUAUUUCGGCCACAUUUACAUUUCCGAUGCAUCGUUUAUUCAGUUUCCUUUCUCGCGUUUCGCUAUUGAAUUCAGCGAGCGUUUAAUGGAACCACUAUGAAUAUAGUUUUCAUACUUGAUAAUUUAGUAAUCUAACUUUCACGGAGUGAAUAUUCGCGUUAAUUGAAAAUCCAAUUGAACAGCUUUUGUUUUCGAAAUCAGCUCAUAAAUCGAUGAGUUAAUUUUCUAUUUUUUCCAUUUUAGAGUUUAUUCAGUCCGUCUAAUACGAUCGAAGCGGUUGUAUAAAUUAGCCGGUUAAGAUCGUUUACACCGGGAAAGUUUGAUUUCGGUAGUUUUAGACCACAUCCGGCCGAAUGGCUAAUAACGGACGUGCUCUGACUACUAAUCGGCUUUACGGAGAUUUCCCGAUGUUCGGACGGGUAUAUGGGUUAAAUGCUGCGGAGGUGAACGGGUCAAAGGGCAAGAUUAGAUGCUUGGGAUGGACUUCUGCGGAAGUUGUGCAUAAUGCAUGGCUCCUCGAUAGUUCGUCGGUUCAUAAUAACUACUCAUCCUUUCGGGAUAUGCGUGUACAUGAAAUUUACAGUACCGAUAACAGUCAGCAAACAGAAGAUGCGUUUUCGAAUCCUGUAAAUAACUGAAACGAGCUUCGUUUUCGCAUUCUCUUCGUUUUUGAAAUUUUACAAAUUUAUGGUACGAAUUUCGUAGUAAAAAAUUUGAGAAUAUAUGUUAAUAAUAUUCCUCUAUAUUGCUACGUGGAAUUUAUGAAAUUUAUUUUGAAACAGCUUCUCCGGCUACGAAUUCGUUUACACGCGAUUCUGCAACGGUUGAUUGCAUCUCUAAUUGCUCGACGACGAGGCUCCGUAUCCAAUGAGCACGUAAAGUUUGUUUUAAUAUUAAUUUCUUAUCGUUGAUCUUGGCAGGGAAGGUUAUAUUCACCGGGUAUCACCGGUCUCACCUUCCAUGCCGUGCAAACAUACUCCGAGAACUAGUCGGUUGAAUAUCUUGCGAUCUCUACGAAGCAGGAAGGUGUAAGUACCGUGUUAGUCUUUGGGGUUACGUCGCUGCUCGCAGAGCUAACUAAUAGCCUCUUAGCCUCGGCUUAGGGAGGAUCAUGCUACAGGCAGCCGCACCCUCCUACGCUACCAGACUCAGACCAUACACCCUUAGCCCUUGGUGCAAUCCUUAAGCCACGCUCGGCCUGCAAACAACCGAUCUGUUUCUACAGCCCAGACCGUGGAUUAACAAUAAUGAUCGAUUGCUUUUUACUUGCUUUCCCUUUUUCCUUCUCGAAGAAAGGAUCCACACGAGAGAUUUAUAUUUAAUCCUCGGACGGUGGGGGCGAAUCUUUUACUAAUUCGACCUAUGAUUUAGAAUUUCAAUUAAUUUUCAUCCUUAUUUUCUGAAAAAUUUCCGUCCCUAAUAUACCCUGAUAAUAACACUGGCAUUUUAACUCUGAUUACAAGAUGUUUCUUAGAAAUUGAACUCUUGUUCCAUCUCGGGGAAUGGAAAGCCUGCACGUGUCACUGAUUAAGUCUCAUUUUAAUUUUCAUUUUCAUAAACAAGGAAACGUAAUAAAUUGUAACCGCGUUCGAGGCAAAGAUUUUCAUGCAAACCAGUGCCGCUAUUGUACGAACAAAUGAAGCUGUUACCGAAGGACCUCCGUACAGUUUACGUUUGCCCCGAAGGCGAAGUCAGACCGAAGGAGAUUUGCCCUGUUAUAGUUCAGCCAAGAGCAGACCGUUUCUACUUGUUUCGCCAUCAGCGAGAUCUCAACGAAAAUUCGAUCGCGGUUUCGUUCUGUAUGCGCUUACGUAUUUUUCAAAUCCCUCGCGGAUAACCCUCUUUUUCUUCCUUUUCUUGGAUAUCGCUUGCUCGUUCCCUCGGCAAAUAUGUACGGGUACAAAUCGAAAACUCGUAAAUACAGAGGAAAGCAAACGGAGAUUCAUUUAUUCGAUACAGCUACCCGUUCGUGCAAUUAUGUAAACAUUUUUCCAUAUAAGUGGAAAUACAUGCUGGAUAUUUAGGUAAUAAGAGACACAGAUAAAGGGAAUACGAUCUUUGAAUGUGUGCAGAUGAAGUAUCUGCUUUUUUUUUUUAACGUAGUCUGGCUUUGGUGAAAAACCGCUCGCGAAAUCCCGAUUGGGCGUGACUGGGUCUAAUUUAUUUAGUAGCUCAAAGGAGAGGGACAAGUUCCGGCGCGGUCGGACGUUACCGGUGCCAUUGUAUCGGCAGGUUUUCACCACUUUGAUAUAUUGCCGUCCUGCCGGGUUGUUCGGACCUCCACCGCGAUCCUGGCGAACUCGAAUUAAUUCCACGAAGAAACAACUGUCCGUUCGCGCUGUCUCGAAAUUCGAGAACUCAAUUUGCUGGAAAUAAAUUCUAUCUGCCAACGAA